GGACGCCUGCCUGCUUUCAGCUGGAUAGCGGUGUCUCUUAAAUGUCUUCUUCUAAAGCGGCUUCAGGAGGCGCGGGCCUACAGCGCGAUCAGUCCCGGAAGUGACGUCUCCCAGAGGGGCCGGAAGUGGCAGUGGAGGGAGGGAAGAUGGCGGAGGUGGUGAGUCCGGUGCCCGGGGCGGGGCGGAGGGAGCCAGGGGAGGUGGGUAGAACCCGAGGCCCCCCAGUAGCCGACCCUGGCGCCGCGCUGUCUCCCCAGGGGGAGAUAAUCGAGGGCUGCCGCCUGCCCGUGCUUCGGCGGAACCAGGACAACGAAGAUGAGUGGCCCUUGGCCGAGAUCCUGAGUGUGAAGGACAUCAGUGGCCGCAAGCUUUUCUACGUUCAUUAUAUUGACUUCAACAAACGCCUGGAUGAAUGGGUGACCCACGAGCGGCUGGACCUAAAGAAGAUCCAGUUCCCCAAGAAAGAGGCCAAGACCCCCACCAAGAACGGACUUCCUGGGUCCCGCCCCGGCUCUCCAGAGAGAGAGGUGCCGGCCUCCGCCCAGGCCAGCGGGAAGACCUUGCCAAUCCCGGUCCAGAUCACACUCCGCUUCAACCUGCCCAAGGAGCGGGAGGCCAUUCCCGGUGGCGAGCCUGACCAGCCGCUCUCCUCCAGCUCCUGCCUGCAGCCCAACCACCGCUCAACGAAACGGAAGGUGGAGGUGGUUUCACCAGCAACUCCAGUGCCCAGCGAGACAGCGCCAGCCUCAGUUUUUCCUCAGAAUGGAUCCGCCCGUAGGGCAGUGGCAGCUCAGCCAGGACGGAAGCGAAAAUCAAAUUGCUUGGGCACUGAUGAGGACUCCCAGGACAGCUCAGAUGGAAUACCGUCGGCUCCACGCAUGACUGGCAGCUUGGUGUCUGACCGCAGCCACGACGACAUCGUUACCCGGAUGAAGAACAUCGAGUGCAUCGAGCUGGGCCGGCACCGCCUGAAGCCGUGGUACUUCUCCCCGUACCCACAGGAGCUGACCACAUUGCCCGUCCUCUACCUCUGCGAGUUCUGCCUCAAAUACGGCCGUAGCCUGAAGUGUCUGCAGCGUCACUUGACCAAGUGUGACCUGCGACAUCCUCCGGGCAAUGAGAUUUACCGCAAGGGCACCAUCUCUUUCUUUGAGAUUGAUGGACGUAAGAACAAGAGUUAUUCCCAGAACCUGUGUCUCCUGGCCAAGUGUUUUCUCGACCAUAAGACAUUGUACUAUGACACAGAUCCCUUCCUCUUCUAUGUCAUGACGGAGUAUGACUGUAAGGGCUUCCACAUCGUGGGCUACUUCUCCAAGGAAAAGGAAUCCACGGAAGACUACAACGUGGCCUGCAUCCUGACCCUGCCUCCCUACCAGCGCCGGGGCUACGGCAAGCUGCUGAUCGAGUUCAGCUAUGAACUCUCCAAAGUGGAAGGGAAAACAGGGACCCCUGAGAAGCCCCUCUCAGACCUUGGCCUCCUAUCCUACCGGAGCUACUGGUCCCAGACCAUCCUGGAGAUCCUGAUGGGGCUGAAGUCAGAGAGUGGGGAGAGGCCGCAGAUCACCAUCAACGAGAUCAGUGAAAUCACCAGCAUCAAGAAGGAGGAUGUCAUCUCCACUCUACAGUACCUCAACCUCAUCAAUUACUACAAGGGCCAGUAUAUCCUCACGCUGUCGGAGGACAUCGUCGAUGGGCAUGAACGAGCUAUGCUCAAGCGUCUCCUUAGGAUCGACUCCAAGUGUCUGCACUUCACUCCCAAGGACUGGAGCAAGAGGGGAAAGUGGUGAC